AUGCGCCAUGCACCUGAGGACACCUUCGACACCAUGAUAUACACGCUGUUGCUUUUGGCGGCGGCGGGGAAUGCCCUAGCGCUGACGGAAUAUAGCGGACCUGUCCCGAAGCUGAGCCACAUGCCGUUUGGGUUUGCGGGGCAGGCUACAGGUGGUUCGACAAACGUGUCUGCAGUGUAUGUCGUGUCCAAUGCGGCGGAACUGCGCGAAGCAGUGGCCUUGCCCUACGCGAAGACCAUUUAUGUCAACGGGACCAUUCAAGGUAACCAGCUUCCUAACGGUACACUAGCGAAGUGCCAGGACUACAUAGACAUGACUGGUUCGCCCGGCUCGGCGGUACACGGGUUCAACUUCGAAACCUACCUCCUCAGCUUGAACGCCACGUAUGUCUCGCUUGUCGAGCAAGCCAUCGCGGAUAACGUGCCCUUUGAUGGGCGCAAUGCGACAGAGUACCGCACUUUGCUCGGCCAUCAGAAUGGGUAUCGCCCGGUUGUCGCUGCAACGCAGAAAGCCCAGGUGGGGUUCAAGUUGACAAAUAAUACAUCGUUGGUCGGUUUAGAUGCGAAUGCGGCGCUGAAUGGGAUCAACUUGUACCUUUCGUCCGUCAAUAAUAUUUGGAUACGGAAUUUGAAACUGGUGCCGCCGCAAGAUUGCUUCCCUGCCCCGGAGACCUUUCCAUCUUCAUGGAACGCUCUGUACGACGCUGUCGGACUUGUUACAGCAAGCAAUGUCUGGGUCGACAAUUGCGAGCUUCAAGAUCAAUUGAGCGGCGAAUACGUGGAACCGGAUAUCAUCGAGCCUGGGUGGCAGGUAGAUCGCUUCGACGGCUUGUUCGACUGUGAAGACGGCACAGACAAUGUGACCUUUUCCCAUAACAUCGUUCGAAAUCACCACAAAUCCCUGCUCCUCGGCGGAGGAACAAAGGAAGCCGAUCGUGAUUUGGGCAAGAUGCACUUCACUAUCUUCGGGAACUACUUCAACGGUUCCGCUUCACGAAACCCCCUCAUGCGCUUCGGCUCCUUCGAUAUCUUCUCGAACGUUUACAAAGCGCGCAAUGACAAUCCCCCGCGUUUCGGCGAUGCAAAUGCAGUAUUCCAGUACCAUCUGGGCAUUUACAAUCAGUCGAGGGUGCAAGUUCAAGACAACGUGUUCCUCCAGUACGGCGCAUUCCCGAACGACACUUCCCGCAUCUUCACGGUCGGCGAAGCUGCCCUUUUGGAUCGCCCCGCAAGGGUCUGCAUCCGGGAAACACCCCCGCACGUUCCGCCGACUAUGAAUGGUGUGGCUAUAGCCAGCCUGCACCAGGUCAUGGCCGACACGGUGGAUUUCUUCGUGGAUUCUGGGAAGGCUGUGGAAGGAGCGGUGGUGCUGACUUGUGACGGAUUCCAGGAUUACGAGGUACCCAAAGUGUUUGAGGACUCGGAAGAUGUUCUACAGUACGUACUAUCAGAGGCGGGGCAGGUCCGUUGA